AUGUUGCAACGAUUACCUAAUAAAUAUAAAGAAGAAUUCAAUAAAUUCAAUCAAAUUGGAAAUGAAAGAUAAACAUUUAUUGAUAGUGAAUUUGAUUACAGUGAUUAAAAUAGUCAUAUUCAAUUCUUAAGAAUAGGGUCUCUUCAAUUAAAUAAGAACAUUUAAGCAUGUUCAGAAUUCAAAAGAUCAUAAUAUUAUCAGGAUAAUUCCUUAAUUAAUGCAUUUAAUAUAUUAUAGAAGGAUAUCCAAUUUGUAAAGAAUAUAUAUUUGAAUUUAAAUUCAUUAUAUGGAGUUUGGUUAAAUUUGUAAGGGGAAUGGCAUUUAAUAAAAAUUGAUGAAAAGAUUCCCUGUUAUUUAACUGGAAAUAUUUAAAAGUUAGCUACCUUAUAAUGUGAAUGUGAAUGGCCUAUUAUGAUAGAGAAAGCAAUAGUAAAAGUACUUGGAAAGAAUUAUGAUAUUUUGAAUAGAUUAAUAGAAGAAUCAAUAGAAUCUUUUAUGUUUGUAAUUAUAAUAAUUGAAAUUAGAUGUUGAUUGGUUAACCAAUAAUGAAAGUGAGUACAGAAGAUAUAAAUAAUUUAAGAAAUGUAAUUCUCACUUAAAUGUAAUGUCACUCAUUGUUAUUUGCAGUAUAAAAGUAGAAUGGUUUAGAAUGUGGUUAUGUAAUUUAAGCAAUAGUUAAAGGCAAUAUUAAAGAAUAAGAAUUAAUUCAAAUGAGAGCAGCAAAUAGAAAUUCAAUUAUUUAAGGAUGUAUUACAUUUUAAUUUAUUUAGAAUAGUAAAUCUAAAAUGAUAAAUGCAUAUUUUUCUUAACAUUUAAGUAAUUCUCAGAGAUAUUUCCAGAAUUAUGUAUAAUUAAACAUCAUCCUAAUUAUUAAUGGAAUUCAAAAGAAUUAAUUGUUUAAGAGAAGAAAGAAUAAUAAUAAUAUGUUGAAAAUAUAUAUUGUUAUGAUUUUGAUGUGGUUUAAGAGUCUCAUCUUUAUAUAUCAAUUUGUUAGAGAGAUUAAAAUUUCAAUUCAAAUAAAUUAGUAUCUCCUAUUAAAUAUGGUUUGAUUCGUAUUUUAAUUUCUAAAAAGAAUGAUGAUUAAUAUGAAUUCAUAACUGGAGAUUAUAAUAUUAAAUAAAAUGUUUGCUUAGAAAUAUAAUCAUUAGAAUAGGGUUAAUAUACUAUUUUUUGUUAAGCUUACUUUUAUAAUUAGAUCGAAAAUAAUCCAUAAUUAUAACUUGAAUAAUAAAGAUUAUUGGUUUAAUAUUUUGGAUCUUCAGUCCCUGAUAACUUAAUAAAAAAUAAUAGUGAAAUUUUGGAAGCAAGCAAAUUAAUGUUGGCGAGUUUAGCUUAAGCUAAUGUAAAUGUAGAAAAUACAAGAACCUAUGAAUAAUUAGAAUAACCAGAAAUAUAAGUUACAACCUAAAUGAAUUUAGGAAUGUUAUAUUUUUAUUAUAGAAAUUUGGGAACAACUAAAAUAGAAGAAGAAGUCAUUUUUGAUAAAUGUGACAAUAUUAUUGAUUAUGAAACUAUGAAGACUCAAACUAAAUUUAAUGUUAUUGUACCUCCUCAUAAUGAUUAUCUCAAAUUAUAUGUUUAUGACCCUAUUGUCAUUUUCAAUGAAGAUUCACCUGUCUUUUAAUAUUCAUGUAACAUUAAAUCAUUAGUACAUUCAACUAAAAAAACAUUAAUGACUUAAUCAAUGAAUUAUAGUAAAAUUCAUAAUAAAUAAUCAAUCUUUGAAAGCACAGGAAAUAAUCCCUCUUUAGAAUUAAUUACUUUUAUGAAGGAACAUGCUAAAUAAGCAACCAGAAUUUGGAAUAAUAAUCCUAUAGAUGUGUAAAUGUAUAUUUAUCAACAUUAAAAAGGUAUUAUAUAAUACUUAUUUUAAAGGUGUAAUCAUUCUGUAUUUAAAUAAUACAUAAAAUAUAUAUGAAGAAAAGCUAACAUUUACUUUAGAUAAUUUAGCUAUAAAUUGCUCUCCUUCUUUGAAAUAAGGAAAUUCAGUUUAUUUUUAAUUGGAUUCAUAUGCUCAUCUCUUUAUAUAUUUAGACAUCAUUGAUUAAAAAAAGUCUUAUUCACAUAAAAUUUAAUGUAUUUAUACCCAUUAUAAAUGA